AUGUCGAGCGGUCAAUGGGAAGUUGUUGGAAAAAGCAAAAAAUCCCAAAAUGGUAAGGUGAAAAAUGCCAAGGAUGAAGAGAAAAAAGGUCCGAAAAACUUGCUUAAGCUGGAAGAUAUUGUUCCCCACUCCCAAAUAAAAUCUUUUUACGCGGGCAUGGAAAUAGACGAUACUAAAAAACCGCCAAAAGACAAAAAGAAGGAAGGUGAGAAAAAAGCAAAAAAGCAACAAGAUAAAAAGAACGAAGCCUCGAAACCAAAACCACCCAAAACCAUAGAAGGUGCUUUAGAAGCGAUUGAUCCAGCUGAGCUAACGAAUAUAAUAACAACUAACAAGAUCCGAUUUUCAAAUGCUCCCUUAGUAUGGUUGAAGGAAAUUGCAAGCUUCUUGAAUUCUAAGAUACAAAUAGACGUUGAUGAUCCUACUUUCUCUAACUAUCCAUCAAGAUAUCCUCUGUGUGUUAUCCCAGCAGAGAUUAAGAAUAGCUUGAAGAAUGUUUUACAUGAUGCUGGAAAAGCUAACAACCAGUUGUUCUUUGAUGUUACUCUUACUGCCUUGGCUAAUGAUAUGAGUAGAGGUCUGUCAGUGAAUGGGCACAGAUUACUUCUGCAAAUGCUUGCUCUUAUUUAUCCUGAGUUCUGCAUAGCGUCAAUAGCAAAAAGUGUCAGCCUUAGGAAUUCUUACCAAAACAGACCUCCUAUUGGCCUUUCUUUACUGUGGGUGUAUGGGCAAGGUGGGCUUGAAGACUUUGCCGUUGGCAUAAAAGUCUGGCAGGAAUUGUUCCUUCCUAUUAUAGAAUUGAAGAACUAUACAAGAUAUGUGAUAUCUUACUUAUCUAAACUCUUGCAUAGACACGGAAAGAUGGACAAUACAAAAAUAAGUCAGGAGCAAUUGCUGGCCAUGUUUGAUAUGAUUAACAAUAAGAAAAAUAGCCUAUCUAAGGAGAUGGCUACUGAACUGAUCAACCAAUUAAGUAAAUAUAAGGAUUUAUUCUUCAAGAAAAGUGGAAAUAAAUUACAAGUCACUUUCAACCAACUUAUGAAGAAAUUACCGAAUCAAUAUUUGAGUGGGCCAACAUUAGACCCUUACAACAGGGUACUAGUGGAGAGUCUAGUUGAUUGCUUGGGACAAGAUGAUUCCUGCAAUGCCACUUGGAGACAGCUGUUCAUUAAGUGUACAAAACAAUCGGCUACUCUACUUGAUUUUAUUGACAGCAACUGGGCAGAAGUAAGUCCAAAAUUGAAGUUGAGGUCAUUGAAAAUGACAGUGAUUCAAUAUAAAGAAAUCAGUAAGGAUGCAUUAAAGGGAAAAAAGAAGGAUGAGACAGUUGUGAAGGCAGAUAAAAUAUGCCAGGAUAUUCUAGACAGAAUGACAAGUACUAGAAGGUUCCCAUGGCUGUGGGCCAGCUUUGUGGUUCUCCUCAGCAUUGCUAGUUUAGUUGCAUAUGAUGUUUCUAGGUCGGGUGGCAAUUUCCCAAAAAGCAAAACUGGUCGAUUGAUGAAGGACUUAGGCAUCCUAGAGCACUCCCAAAAAGCCUGGCAAAAGACAUUAUCAACCUCAGCCCGUGGCUACAUUUGGCUCGAAACAAACACUCCCAUUUAUUAUGCACAAGCUGUAGACUUUUGUAAGCCAUAUUCACAACUUUCUAAAGAUGUAUUCAUUGUGACUGUUAAGAAAGCCGGCGUCCUAUAUGAUAAUGUGAAGGAGUAUGCAGCAGAAAAGACUCCUGUGGUCAUUGCCACCAUAGAACAAUAUGCUCCUGGUUUAAUUGAAAAUAUCCAAGUUUACACAUCAUCUGCAUUUGGUACCUUAAAGAAGUACAUGACUGACUAUUAUACAUUCACGGCAGAAUAUUUGAAGACCAAAGUAUUUAUUGGUGAGUGGGCACCGGAGAUUCUACAAAACAAAACACAAGUGGCAUUGAAUGCGACAAAGUUCCACGUGUCGUCAUACUUCCACUGGUUAAGGGAACAGGUUCAUGUUUAUUCAGAGAUACCU